CGUCACGACCACUCUACGGAACGCCGCUGGUGACUAAGCUCAGAAAGCGCGGACUGAGUGAAACGGGAAUUAUUUGAGUUGCUUUGUGAAAUGGUGCAUUAAGGCUGAAGAAAUGGAUUGUUUGAAGAGGAAGUUGCGAUCAGGGAAGGAGACGAGCGAGGAGUGGCCUGACAAUAAAGAUAAACCGGAUCUCCCUGAUAGCACUGGCGCUGUCAAUGAUGAUGAAUGUGAAGGAACUGUGAGUCAGUGUGAACAUGCUAACAAAGUCUCUAUAGCCUCUUCAGACGAGAAUAACGGCCGUGCGUGUAAUGAGUGCAAUUUUGUAGCAAAAACUCCUACUGCUCUGAAAAUCCACUGCAGGAAGAAACACAGUAGCUUGCACGCUGAAGCUGAAAAUGAUGCAGACGAGAUGCCUCCUACAGAGCAACCGAAAUCUACAGACCAGCUGAGCACUGACGAACCCUCCAUAGACACCUUCAGCACUGAUGCACCCCCUAUAGAGCAGCUCAUCUCUACAGCACCCCCUAUAGACCAGCUCAGCACUGGAGCCCAGCGUUUUGAGCGUCUGUAUUGCAGGUGCUGUAGUUUUUACACCAGCACAGCAGAGGAGAUGAAUGCUCACCUGAGCGAUGAGUCCCACCAAAACUUAGCCAUGGAGAAAAACAUCAGCCCGUUGAUUGAGCAGUGUGUUGAAAAAGUGCUUGUCAUUCUAUCAGACAAACAAAAACAGAGAGACGAGCCGAACGAGCGUGAUGAGGUCAUCAGUGAGGAUGUCGGUGAGGACGUUCGUGAGACGGAAUCGGCUGAACAUGCUUUAGCAGAGUUAGUUGAAUCAAGCGCUUCUCACAAACGGAAACGCGGAAGGCCCAAGUCAUCUCAGGUAAUGAGCUGUAGUCAUUGCGGCCUCGUGGCCUCUAAUCCCACAAACCUCAGCGUGCACAUCCGCCGCAAACACAGCCGCCUGUACAGCUUUCACUGCAAACUGUGCAACUACUCCUGCGUGACCAAAGGAGACAUGGACCGGCACUGCGAAACCAAAAAGCACAUUAAACGAGUGCAGAGUGAAGGAGACGGACAGGAGGCGGUCAUCAUACUAAAUGCUGAGCAGGCAGCUCAACUCUGUGACGAGGCAGAGUCAGGCGAGAAAAUACACAAUGUACCGAAUGCUGCACAGCAGGAAACACCAAAUGUAAAAGAGGAUGGAGAGACAGAGGGAAUAGGAAGUGACGUUCCUUGUAAAAAGCCCAAGUACGAUUCAGUUUACUCCUGCGAUCACUGUAACUUUGUUGCACAUUCUGCACUUUCACUGGCCCUGCACGUGCGCCGAAAACACACGCGGGAUUUUGAGUUUGUCUGUUUGGCAUGCAGUUAUUACGCAGUAACACGCAGAGAGAUGUCACGCCACACUGCGACCGAGAAACACAAACUCAAAUGCCAGAGAUACCUACAGAAACGGCACAAUACACACCAAUCUGACAAGAACGUGGAUAAACACAACGAGAACACAAGCCAACUUGCUGAAAAUGUGAACCAAGAAUCAAACAGCACGGACAAGAACAUAGAAUACACACACCAAAAUACUGACAACUCGCACCAACACACUGAGCCCGACCCUCAACUUUGCAUCAACAAGCAGCAAAACACCAAAAUCUUGCGUCAAAACACGGAUCCCGAAGCAGGCUCUGGCAGUAACGAUGGUCUGAAUAAUGGUGCAGGUGAGGAAGCAACGAACGUUAACCCACAGAUGAAGUCCAGUGAAGAUACAAAUGGCUCUAAAGACUCAUUAGAGUUCCCUGAUCCAUCAAACACUGAGGAUGGUGAGGAAGAAUACAACAAUGGUGAUGAUGAUGAGGAAGAAGUAGAGGGUGAAAAUGUGUGUGAGACAACUGCCCAAAGUCCUUCAAGUGAGAGGCAUGUGUUCAGAGCAGCUCCAUUUGAUGAGUGCGUCUUUUCCUUGAAAGCGACGACAGACAGACUGCUCAGCGAAGACAACGGAGAGUCGUAUACAUCCCUCCAUCAGGCCGCAAAAAUGCUUAAAAUGUCAGAGGGAGAUGAAGUCAGCACGCGGGUCCGGUGUGACGAUUGUGGGUUCCUGGCGGAAGGGCUCAAUGGCCUGAACGUCCACAUCACCAUGAAACACUCAUCGAAGGAGAAGAACUUUCACUGCCUGCUGUGUGGGAAGUCCUUCCACUCAGACAACAGCCUGCAGCAGCACUUAAGCAGCUCGGCACACUUGCGGACGGAGCGUGGCAGUGUGGACGAGCGGCCUGAUGGAGGCGCUGCCUUCCGAUGUGUGCGCUGUAAUGAUCCUUGCAACUCCGAGCAAGAGCUUUUCGUUCACAUCAAAGAGAAACAUGAGGAACUACUGCACGAGGUGAAUAAGUAUGUAAUGGAGGACACGGAGCAGAUCAACCGUGAAAGAGAGGAGAACCCUGGAAACGUGUGUAAAUACUGUGGCAAGGUGUGCAAGAGCAGCAACUCCAUGGCCUUUCUUGCUCAUGUCCGCACACACACAGGUUCAAAGCCAUUUAUGUGUAAAAUCUGUAAUUUUGCAACUGCGCAACUCGGAGAUGCCAGAAAUCACGUAAAGAGACACCUCGGCAUGAGGGAGUACAAAUGCCACCUCUGUGGGUGGGCUUUUGUGAUGAAGAAACAUCUGAACACACACUUACUUGGAAAACAUGGACUAGGCCAGCCAAAAGAGAGGAAGUAUGAUUGUGAAUUGUGUGAUCGGAGUUUUAGUGAGAAAUGGGCCCUUAAUAACCACAUGAAGCUUCACACUGGAGACAAACCCUUUAAGUGCCCUUGGUCAUCAUGCCACUAUGCCUUUCUCACACACUCAGCCAUGAAGGACCACUACAGGACACACACAGGCGAAAAGUCAUUUCUGUGCGAUCUCUGCGGUUUUGCUGGUGGAACUCGACACGCUCUUACAAAACACCGGCGCCAACACACAGGUGAGCGUCCAUUCCGUUGCGAUCUCUGCAGUUUUGCCUCGACCACUCAGUCUCAUUUGACCCGACACAAACGCGUGCACACAGGAGAGAAACCAUACCGCUGCCCCUGGUGUGACUACAGGUCAAACUGUGCAGAGAAUAUCCGGAAGCACAUCCUGCACACGGGAAAACAUGAGGGUGUGAUGAUGUACAACUGCCCUCGCUGUGAUUUCUGCACCAAUUCACCAUCUGACUUCCGAAAUCACCUGAAGGACAAACACCGGGACAUUGAGAACCCUGACCUUGCUUACCUUCAUGCAGGAAUUGUGUCGAAGUCAUUUGAGUGUCGCCUGAAAGGUCAGGGGUCAUCGUACGUGGAGGCUGAUGCCCCCUUCACACCAGACGAGGGCCGUUUAGGAGCCGAAACACUGCAGCAAGUCAUCAUCAUCCAAGGAUACGGAGAGGAGGCGGAGCUACAGGGCACAGAGAUGGAGGAGGCGGAGCUGGAGGAAUCGGCAGCUGCUACUCUGCAAACGCUGGCCAUGUCCUCCGUCAACACUGAGCUGCUGCAGGUUACGCAGGACGGAUGCGUUAUUCCCUACACACACAAAAAUUAUGUCCUGGUGGAGUCUUCAAGCUCGGGGGUGGAGCAAACAUUGCAGACAGCAGACCAAACAUCGCUUGAAACGAAUCAGGACGCAGCAGGACCCUCUACAGCACUAGAUGCUUUGCUGUGUGCCGUGUCAGAGAUUGACCAGCAGGAUGGUACCGCUCAGCAGGACAUCAGAACCAGCACUGAACAACAAGCACACACCCAGGGGGAAGGGCAGGAGGCAGUGCAAGUCUACGGGGAGGUUGUACAGGUGUUGGGCCAUGCCCAUGAGGAAGUCCUACAAUUUGCUGCCAGCCAACUGAUGAUGAGAGAAGGGUUAACACAAGUGAUCGUGAAUGAUGAGGGGACGCAUUAUAUUGUGACAGAGGUAGCUGACAGCACCAUAUAUACCCAGAGUGAGGGGGCGGAGUCAGGACAGGACGUAGGGCUUGUGGAUGAUGCAGGAAACCAACCUGCUGAGGGUCCCGUCACAUAUGAACCAGACAGCCUUAAACAAGAAACUCAGGAAUGAUUGUGGCAGGGCUGAAGGGUUUCGCCCCACCCCUUUUGCCAUAUGAUACUUUUGUCUCCACCCAAUUAAUUAAGUAACUCAAACUACAGCUAUUGAACCUGCUGUUGGGUGAUGUAGAGGAUUAUUAUUAUUUAUUAUUAUUAUUAUUAUUAUUAAAAUGAUUGUUUCAGAGGAAUGUGUAACCACUGUAGAUGUUUUCCUAAAGCAUAAAGUAUCUAUAAAUGCAACACUUAGGUUUACAAACUGGAAAUUUACACUCAGAUUCAUAAAUCUGCAAUGGCGAGUAAAAUUAUUCUUCUGUUACAGCUAUGAAUCUUAUUUUGCAGCUUUACAGCAUUACAGCCAUAUGUUUACAAAUCUUCUGGCUUGGGUGGGGGGAUAUAUGGAGCGCUCCAGAGGGUCCAAAGGGGCUGUGGUCAAAUUCAAAACUCCAGAGUCGAGGGGGUGUGACCAGCUGAAUAGCUCUAGAUGGCUGAGGAUAUGUGUAGAGCAUCAGAGAGCGAAGCUGAAUGGGGGCUGAAGGUGGCUCUUGAGAGUCAGGGGGUGGAGCCAGAUUGACAGUUCCAGAGAGCUCAGUAGGAGGGGCCAAAGAGGUGGCGCCAGAUGCCAAAGCACUGAGGGCUAAAACACAAAUCAAUGAAGUAUAGAUCUGCGUUUUGAUAAAAUUAAGAUUAGUGUUGCAUUCAUGUACAGUCAGCUUUGUGUGGAGCUUGAUCCAAGUGAAACUGUUCAAAUCAGGAGAGUACGUGCGCACACACUAUGGAUCAGAUUCAGUUUUUCCUGUAAUGUUUUGUAGAUUUUUGAAAUGCCUGACAGUUAAUGGUUCAAAUAAAUGCACUUUUGGCAGUUGAACUGGAUAAAA